AUGACAUUGUGGCGUCGUCCGCGAUCACCAGAUUGGACCGAGUUAGACCAGCGUUUUGAUGAAAUGUCUCGACGGAUUGAUCGAGCAUUGGAUGAAUGUCGAAGAGACAUGCGACGAUUCGAGGAGAGCUUCUUCCCAUCAGCAAAAUAUGGAGAAGCACAAAAGGUAAUGUCCUUCGUGAGGACGUGGAGACUUCCGGAUGAAGCCGACAUCGACGCAAUCAGGUCUACUCUUAGUGACUCAGGAAGACUGUCCGUAGAGGUGCCCAAAUUCCCAUCUGCGCAUGUGAAUAAGAGAAGCAUCCCAGUGACUUAUACGAAAACAGAUAAACGAGAGACCAAUAUCCACUAA